AAUUACAAAAACUGAUGAAAUGAUGAAAUUUACACUUCCUCAGAAGAUACAUUUUAAACAUUUCACUUGUAUCUGUCAAUGCAUAUUCCUAUCCCAGUGAUUCAAUGAAGCACUUAUUUUUCUGUAACAUCAGAAUAAGAACAGUUUUGUGUCCUGCGAUAAUAUAAUCUGUUGUAUCAAUACUCAGAAAAGGGUGCUUUUCCUCAUUAUACUGUCAUUUCAUUAGCCAGGUUGCCUGGCUGAGUAUGUAUUUGUUCUAUAGCCUUACACUGGUUUCAGUCCUAUUUGAAAAACAGAUAUUUCAAUGUGUGUGUUAAUGAUCAUGUGUCCUCUUCAGCCCCACUGCUGAGUGGAGUCCCUUAGAGGUCAGUUGUGGGACCAUUGAUCUUCUCUUUAUACAUGCUUCCUCCUCAGUUGUUCAGCUGCUUUCGGAAUGUGUCACAUCAUUGCUCUGCCGAUGACACACAGAUGUACUUCUGAAUCAACUGUCCACCCUCCAUGAUUGUUUGGCCACUGUCAAAGCCUGGAUGGCAAUUAAACCUUCUCCACCUAAACCCCAAUAAAACCAACAUUCUUGUAAUUGGACCCGAAAACUUCAUCACUGCCGUUGAUGAACUUAUUGGCCCACUUGAGCCAAAUAUCAAACCUACUAAAAAAACCCCGGUAUCAUCUUCAAUCGUUCUAUGACCUUUAACCAUCAGGUCACUAAGCUCGUAUAGUCCUGUUUUCUUCAGUUAAUAUCAUCAAAAUCAGACACAUUUUGGUAUGAGGGGAGCUUAAGCUUCAAAGUUACACCUUCAUUUUGUCUUGUCUAAAUUACUGUAACUCCCUCUAUAGAUAGGUCAUUCAAGCAGCUCUAAAUUGCUUACAAAUGGUUAAAAAUGCAGCCACCAGGCUAUUACCCAGAACUAGUCAUCAGUCCCACAUCAUUCCUGUUCCCACAAAAGAAUAGAAUAAAUUUCAAAAUCAAUUACUGCUGAUCAUGUUCAAGGCAUUACAUGACCUUGCCCCAGUUACAUUUCUGACAUUAUACUUCUGUACUCUGCUUCUUGACCACUCCGAUCUUCAAAUCCAUUUCCUGUUCUGGUUGCAAGAUAAAAGGGGAUAGCACCUUUGCCAUGUUGGUCCCAACUCUUUGGAAUCACUUUCACCAAUCUAUUAGAUCUGCUGAUUCUGUGGACUGGUUUAAGAAGCUUUCAAAAACAAAAUUCUAAAGGAAAACUUUUUUAUAGUGCGCUAUCCCAGAAUAGUGUCUGGCUCAUUUCAAUUGUGCUCUGUUUUAUUGCAGUGUAUUAUUUUUCUAUGUGUUUCUUUCGUGUGAGGUAAUUUGAAACUCUGUGUUUUAAAAAGUGCUAGAUAAAUGAAGAUUUACUUGUUGACUUGCCUAUUCUCAUGAAUGCUGAGGGCAGUGGAGGCUGUAGUUGUCUCAGGAGCUGAGGGAGAGGUCCGUCUGGUCAAUGGAGGCAACAGCUCCUGCUCUGGUAGAGUAGAGAUCUUCCACCGUGGACAGUGGGGGACUGUGUGUGACGACGGCUGGAACCUGGUUGAUGCUCAGGUGGUGUGUAGACAGCUGGGCUGUGGCAGGGUUCUGUCAGCACCACAAAAUGCACGUUUUGGACAGGGCACAGGGCCCAUCUGGUUGGAUGAUGUCACAUGCACUGGCAGCGAAUCAAAGAUCUCCGAGUGCGGACACCGAGGGUUUGGAUCUCACAACUGCGGUCACCAAGAGGAUGCUGGUGUUGUAUGUGAAGCUGGUUCACCAGUGAGGCUGGUCAACUCUUACAACCGCUGCUCUGGCAGAGUGGAGGUCUACCACGAUGGACGGUGGGGGACAGUGUGUGAUGAUGGCUGGGAUCUGCAGGAUGCCAACGUGGUGUGUAGACAGCUGGGCUGCGGCACUGCUCGUUCGGCCCUUCAAAGUGCAGCUUUUGGACAGGGCAGUGGACCCAUCUGGUUGGACGAUGUCAGCUGCUAUGGCAAUGAACCAUCGAUAACAGACUGCAGACAUACAGGGUUGGGUGUCCACAACUGUAAUCACUAUGAAGAUGCCAGCGUUGUUUGUAAUGAAUUCAACAACACAGUUAUACCAACCACACCAAAUCCAAGACCUCCAAAUGUCACCACUGCUCAGGUGACAGCCCACAUCACUUCCACGGCAGCAACAGACAACAGCACAGGAGCUGAGGGAGAGGUCCGUCUGGUCAAUGGAGGCAACAGCUCCUGCUCUGGUAGAGUAGAGAUCUUCCACCGUGGACAGUGGGGGACUGUGUGUGACGACGGCUGGAACCUGGUUGAUGCUCAGGUGGUGUGUAGACAGCUGGGCUGUGGCAGGGUUCUGUCAGCACCACAAAAUGCACGUUUUGGACAGGGCACAGGGCCCAUCUGGUUGGAUGAUGUCACAUGCACUGGCAGCGAAUCAAAGAUCUCCGAGUGCGGACACCGAGGGUUUGGAUCUCACAACUGCGGUCACCAAGAGGAUGCUGGUGUUGUAUGUGAAGCUGGUUCACCAGUGAGGCUGGUCAACUCUUACAACCGCUGCUCUGGCAGAGUGGAGGUCUACCACGAUGGACGGUGGGGGACAGUGUGUGAUGAUGGCUGGGAUCUGCAGGAUGCCAACGUGGUGUGUAGACAGCUGGGCUGCGGCACUGCUCGUUCGGCCCUUCAAAGUGCAGCUUUUGGACAGGGCAGUGGACCCAUCUGGUUGGACGAUGUCAGCUGCUAUGGCAAUGAACCAUCGAUAACAGACUGCAGACAUACAGGGUUGGGUGUCCACAAUUGUAAUCACUAUGAAGAUGCCAGCGUUGUUUGUAAUGAAUUCAACAACACAGUUAUACCAACCACACCGAAUCCAAGACCUCCAAAUGUCACCACUGCUCAGGUGACAGCCCACAUCACUUCCACGGCAGCAACAGACAACAGCACAGGAGCUGAGGGAGAGGUCCGUCUGGUCAAUGGAGGCAACAGCUCCUGCUCUGGUAGAGUAGAGAUCUUCCACCGUGGACAGUGGGGGACUGUGUGUGACGACGGCUGGAACCUGGUUGAUGCUCAGGUGGUGUGUAGACAGCUGGGCUGUGGCAGGGUUCUGUCAGCACCACAAAAUGCACGUUUUGGACAGGGCACAGGGCCCAUCUGGUUGGAUGAUGUCACAUGCACUGGCAGCGAAUCAAAGAUCUCCGAGUGCGGACACCGAGGGUUUGGAUCUCACAACUGCGGUCACCAAGAGGAUGCUGGUGUUGUAUGUGAAGCUGGUUCACCAGUGAGGCUGGUCAACUCUUACAACCGCUGCUCUGGCAGAGUGGAGGUCUACCACGAUGGACGGUGGGGGACAGUGUGUGAUGAUGGCUGGGAUCUGCAGGAUGCCAACGUGGUGUGUAGACAGCUGGGCUGCGGCACUGCUCGUUCGGCCCUUCAAAGUGCAGCUUUUGGACAGGGCAGUGGACCCAUCUGGUUGGACGAUGUCAGCUGCUAUGGCAAUGAACCAUCGAUAACAGACUGCAGACAUACAGGGUUGGGUGUCCACAAUUGUAAUCACUAUGAAGAUGCCAGCGUUGUUUGUAAUGAAUUCAACAACACAGUUAUACCAACCACACCGAAUCCAAGACCUCCAAAUGUCACCACUGCUCAGGUGACAGCCCACAUCACUUCCACGGCAGCAACAGACAACAGCACAGGAGCUGAGGGAGAGGUCCGUCUGGUCAAUGGAGGCAACAGCUCCUGCUCUGGUAGAGUAGAGAUCUUCCACCGUGGACAGUGGGGGACUGUGUGUGACGACGGCUGGAACCUGGUUGAUGCUCAGGUGGUGUGUAGACAGCUGGGCUGUGGCAGGGUUCUGUCAGCACCACAAAAUGCACGUUUUGGACAGGGCACAGGGCCCAUCUGGUUGGAUGAUGUCACAUGCACUGGCAGCGAAUCAAAGAUCUCCGAGUGCGGACAUCGAGGGUUUGGAUCUCACAACUGCGUUCACCAAGAGGAUGCUGGUGUUGUAUGUGAAGCUGGUUCACCAGUGAGGCUGGUCAACUCUCACAACCGCUGCUCUGGCAGAGUGGAGGUCUACCACGAUGGACGGUGGGGGACAGUGUGUGAUGAUGGCUGGGAUCUGCAGGAUGCCAACGUGGUGUGUAGACAGCUGGGCUGCGGCACUGCUCGUUCGGCCCUUCAAAGUGCAGCUUUUGGACAGGGCAGUGGACCCAUCUGGUUGGACGAUGUCAGCUGCUAUGGCAAUGAACCAUCGAUAACAGACUGCAGACAUACAGGGUUGGGUGUCCACAACUGUAAUCACUAUGAAGAUGCCAGCGUUGUUUGUGAAUUCCUACCCCCUCCACUCCAGCUGUCUCAGCUUAUUUGUGGCCAUGAUAAACUCCACAUAGGGCUGGAUUUGCUUUCCCUGACCUCCUCUGGUUUGAAUCCAUUUUCUGGUAACCUGGCAGCACUCAACUGUUCGUGGGUCAGAGUGCAUGAUAAUAUAGUGUGGUACGAAGUGGAUGCCACAGAAGGUGCCUGUGGAAACCAACUGAGGACCAACAGUACACAUGCCAUCUACUUCAACACUUUAUUUAUCUACCCAUUAAACAACACAUCCUUCAUGCUUCCUGUGAGUCUUCCCUUCUCUUGUGCAUACCCCCUGGAGACAGACACCAGCCUGAAUGGGGCCAUUCGACCAUUCCUCCCGGAGACAAGUGGCAUUUCAGGCUUGGGUACCAAAGCCAGAGCCUCCAUGUUUCUGUUCCGCAACUCCAACCACACCGAGAUUUACCCCCCAGGUCUGGUCACUCUGCCGGUGGGGUCACCUUUGUAUGUGGGAGUCUUUGUGGAAGAGAGAGAUCCAAACUUUGUAGUUGUUCUGGAGAACUGCUAUGCCAGUCACUCAUCAAACCCUGAUGAUCCCAUGAGACACUUUCUUAUCCAGAACAAGUGUCCCACUGACCGUCGACAGGUGUCAGUGACUGAGAGCGGCUUAUCCCACCAGGCUCGUUUCUCUGCCAUGUUCUUCCUGCUGGACAGUAACUACAGAGAUGUUUUCCUUCAUUGCAGCCUCAGCUUAUGUGACCAAAGGCAGUUUCUCUGUGUUCCAUCUUGCAUACGUAGGAUGCAUCGUUCUGUUUCUGGCUCUGAACAACUGACUCUCAUCUCCACUGGACCUAUCAUUUGGGACAAGACACCUGAGUGAGCUUACAAUAAUAAUUCCAUGUUGUGAUUUUAUUUCAUUUCAGAUGUUUUUUUAUUCCCAAGACACACAAUAGAUAGAAAAUAGAAAAAAUGGUGUUUUAUGGUAUAAUUAAAUCUUACCAUGCUUUGAAUCAUUCCUUGGUUCUAUUGGCAUUGAAAAGACUGUGUUACUAGAACAGUCAAUAGAAACUAUAGGGAUUGUAAUCAAAGUUGAAAUACCAAUACUUUUCUUCUUCUCUGUUUCUAUUUCCAAUACAGUUGUGAUGUGAACAUGCCAUAUAUACACAUAUGUAACUUUUUUAAUCAAGACCCUGUGUCUUGAUUAAAAUAAACUGCAGCCCAGUCUUUAGACCAGUCUUGAAAUUUAUUUAAUUAUUCGGUCACUUGCCAUCAAACUUGUCACAGUUUUGCAUGGUGUCCAGAACAUCAAUAAAUUGGUUUGAUGAUAACUUUAAUGAACCCAUGACUUUUCCUCUGGUGCCACCAUGAGGCUGACAUUUGUGCUUCAGUGUGAAAUUUCUCAACUAAUUUGGUAUAUUAUUAUAGAAGAAAGAUUUAUAUCAUAUUCUGUCCUGUUGUGCAAGAUAUUCAUUUUGAACAGGAUUACAGACAUAAAACCAGGCUUUUAACUAUCUGACAUACUAACUGCACUCAAAAGAUGAUGUUCAUUUUAAAGUCUGGGAACCUUUCUCGACAUAGAUUAAGUCAAACAUCCUCCAGUCUGAACAGGGGCCUUUUUUUAACCAGGCCUUUACACGGUGUGGGUAUUCAUGUACAUGUACGUCUAACCCGUUUUCUUUCAAUUGUAUGUACAUUGUUAAAAUCUUCAAAAAUAAAGUUUCCCCUU